CCGCCGGACGAGCCGCUACCCAUUCGCGCUCAUCCGCUGACGGUUCGUGGUAGACAAGGCCCCGCUCCUUCGGUCAGUUCGCAGCCAUGCCCAGCCAGGCCCCCAUUCUGUACAACUUGCCCGGCAGCCCACCCUGCGGCUUUGUUCGCUCGCUCGCCAAGCACCUGGGUGUCGAAAUUACACUCAAGAACCUGGACUUUGCUAAGAAGGAGCACCUCAGCGAGGAAUACCUGAAGAUCAACCCAUUCCACAAGGUACCCUCCCUCGUCGACGACGACUUCAUCGUUUACGAAAGCAAUGCUAUUGCCUACUACCUGCUGCGCAAGCAUGCUCCCGAGUCCGACCUCUACCCCGACUGCUACAAGGAGCGCGCACGUAUCGACAUCGUUCUCGCCGCAGUGGCCAGCACUAUCCAGCCGUUUCAGCUGCUCUUCUUCCGUCCACGCUUCUGGGACAACACAAAGCCAUCGGAUGAAGAGGUGGCCUCCUUCGAAACCACCGUCGUCCAGGGUCUCCAACAUCUCGUGAGCGAUGGCAAGUACGCCACCGGCGACAAGCUCACUCUCGCUGACCUUUGCCUCGUCUCAAACCUGUCCAUAUGCCUUGAGAACGGCUCCGUGGAUACUUCUAAGUUCCCCAAGCUGACUGCCUACUACGAACGCAUGAAGACUGAGCUACCUUACUUCGAAGAAAUUUACAGGCCGGCCAUCACCUACCUACAGCAGCGCUGGAGCGAGCUGAAGUAAAGUUAAAAACUGAAAUCCUAGCUCUGUGACCACUUGCGCGUGUCUUCGACACAAUAAACUAUACCGUCUUUC